AAUUUGUCCAUUACACUUGGCAUAUGGCCAAAGUAUGAGUUCAAGAAUACUGUUCAUUCUUUUCAAGUGAAGAUAAAAGUCAUGUCUAGUUAACCCUUUUUUUCUCCACUGUCCUUGUGAGCACAGCUGAUGGGACUACAAAGAGGACCACAAAAACAUGAUGCAAAUAUUGAUUUAACAUGUAGAAUACUGAAACCGCCCGCCUAUCAGUGCCACAGAGGAGUUUGUGCUAAUGAGGAGCACAUCGCGAGCCAACUCUACCUACUCGUUUUCAGUGCCAGGUGACUAAUAACUAUAAUUUCUCCUUGUAUCAUACUUUGUUUUGUUUUGCAUUGUGAAGGAUUGUAACAGCAUAUUAGCCAGAUAUUAGCCUUAUUGCUUUAUAAGAAAAAUGUUCAAAUGUAAACAUAUAUGGUUUGAUAGAACCCUUUCUCCCUGUUAAGCCCGCCUACCCUACCCUCUGAUUGGCGGGUAGGUUUGUUAUAAAUCGCACUCCCCAUUCUUCAAUUCUGUAGUUCAGGUGGAUACACUGGAAAAAAUCUGAGCAGCUGCCCGGCAAGUACCAAAACAUGAUCAACCAGAGGUACCCUGUGCACGUGAGGUUCAUCGGAGUCAUGCAAAACAAAAAUAAAAAAAAGCAGCUUCAGAAGCAGUUUCUCGUGGAGCGUGCAUUCGGCAGGAAGUCGGAGGGAGUUCUUCCAAAAUUUGAAGGUAUGUUUAAUCAACAGAAUUUGAUGUACUUUUUAGAUGUUCCUCAUAAAAGGCUGUGGAAGAAGGCCCAUAGUAAAGCGAUGCUCAGGCUGAAAUUGCUGGAUAAGUACUUUGCAGCAUUGAUGGAACUGGACCCUAAGAUCUCCCAGUGCAAUGAUGUCAUCCAGUUCUUUAUACCGCAGAAUCACGACUUGGAGCCUUUGUUUCCUAAAAACAGCAUUGUCAUCAUGCCAUCUGAAAACACCCAGGAGGUUGCAGAAGACAUGACCAAAGAUACAAAACGUCACAGUGCAGGGAACAUCACAGAGCAAUUCACCGCAGAAACGUACAGGUGUGUGGCCUCCUAUGAGACCAAGGACACCAAGAACAGACCCUUUAAAGUCAACAUUGAGGAAACUGUGGAUGUUCUCAUCAAAGACCCAGCAGGAUGGUGGCUGGUGGAGAAUGAGGAAAAGCAUAUUGCCUGGUUCCCAGCUCCAUAUCUGGAGAAAUGCUGUCACCCAGAGUAUGAUGAUACGACCGACGGCAUUCCAGAAGAAGGAAUUCAGUACUAUGCAGCCAGAGCUUAUGAAGCCAAAGACGUGGACGAACUGUCACUUAACAUCAGGGUUGUUGUGGAAGUCCUACAAAAGUCUGACAAUGGCUGGUGGUUAAUUAGGUACAAUGGGAAAGCUGGAUACGUGCCUUCCAUGUGUCUCCAACCAUACAAAAACCCUCACCAGAAAUUCCAGAUUCAAUCUAUGACUCUAUACCGUACUAUAAGUCCCCCAGGAAACCUUCUCGCUGUUAAAAAUCUUCAUCUCAACAGCUCCCAAACAUCACUCGAGCCUUGCCCAGUUGUCAAAGGGAAGCUUCAGCCUUUGGACCGACAGAAGUCAAGGUCUCUGAGCUUCCUUUCGCCCCCUGUGAUCACCGUCAACGACAUUGAUGCAAGUAGCUCGGCAAAGCUUCAAAGCAGGAUGGACAGCAUCAGCGAGGGGACUGAAGACAGAUUCAGUUCCUCUAGAGAUUCCUCAGUGUCACCAGAGAGUGAUUUUCUCAGCGUGAGUCAAACAGACAUGGAAGAGCAGCCCCAGAGAAGCAGGAACAUACCUGUAAUAACCACACACAGGCACGGUUUGGGUUUAGCGGAACAGUUACCCAGCAGCAACUCCAAUCCAAACCUGUUCAAGAGCUCUUCUGUUCCCAAGAUGCCUCCACGACCUAAUGCCCAGGAAAUACUGUCACGAUGCACGACACUUACCAAGAGGGCAGCAAUGAGAAUGCGUCCGGGUUCCAAACCCGCUGUGGCGCAAGGUCGUGAAGAGAGACUUUUCGGGAAUUUUAUUUAAAUAUGCAGCACAAACUGUAAGUAAAAGUAGUAUAAUUGUAUCUACUUUAUAUUUAAACUUGUAAGGUACACAAGACAUCCUUCUUGGCUUUAACCCCAAGUAACUUCAUUCUUAGCAGUAAUAUGAGAAUGAAUGUAAUACAUUGCAUUGUAAGUUGAAUUUUUUUUCAACAGGUAAUAUCAAAUAUUUUUAUUUUUAAAAUAUAAAAUUCUUUAUCUGUAUAGUGCAAAGUGCCGACACUGAGCGAGUCCUCCUAUAUUCAAGGCUUCAUCACUGAUUUAACUAUUUUUAGAUCAGUGAAGUCCAUCUAUCAACAUGCAUCUGGUUUAUGACACAGGAGCUAGGCUAUUAAGAUUUCCCAGCGUCACUCACACUUCCAAAGCAGUAAAUUGGCUUGUGCUGUGAUUAAUGCAAGCACUAUUUUCAACAUGUGUUGCCACAGUCGGGUGUCCAAACGAAUGUCCCUUGGAACAAAAUGCUGUUCUUGAGAAUGCUCCACUGGGCAAUGAAACACAGUACGACAUAUUGUAAACGUAAUCUGUUUGCUAGACCAAAACAGUUCUGCCUGUCUGAUUGGUUAUGCCUUAACUGUCAAGUGGUUAUGGAUUAGUUUUGAACAUGAGAGAGAGUGACAGAGCGAGACAAUGUGAGAAACGCGUACUAUUUGUUAUUUAGUUUGAAGUGUAUACUUACAAUUAAAGUGCAGUUAAAAGUUGUGAAACGAAAACCACAUGUCCAGCUCAUUCAUUUCAAAAACACUUUUUUUAAAACUUUGUUUACUUUUAUAUGAACAAUGUAUGUCGAUAUGUAUGAUAUGUGACAUUUUAUUUAUUUAUUUAACGCUAAUUAUUUUUCUAAACGUUACUUAACAUGCUAACAAUACAGGUUGCGUGCAUUUCAAAAACUAUGUCUGUAACUAUCCUCAUGUGAAUUUCCUUUUCUACAAAGUUAAGUUCAAAUGUUCUUCUGAAAGUGGUCCAAAAUGGCUCAGAAUGCAUUUGAGAACAUGUACAACCCCAUUGUCAUCCAUCAUUGUCCUCUUCAGCCUUUUUCAAUCCAAUGCUGGAUGAAGCCCCCCCAAAAAAAAAUUCUUCCAAGAUUCUGUCUGCUG